AUGGCGUCAAUUGCCGAUCUGGUUGACUUUCUUCGCACAGAAUUUUCUUCAUUGGAAGAAAUCACCGAAGAGUAUGCGUCGUCGAGUGUCGAAGGGAAUUACACAGACUUCCCUGCUAUCUCGUCCCUUUUAACCCCAUCGUUCUAUGAAGAUGGUAGUGCUACGUUACGCCUUAGGCAACUGCUCACGAAGUUGGCAAAAUUCGAAGAAGAAUGCGAUGAUCCAGAAGUAUGGGUUGAACUAACAAAUGCCGAUAUAUCCGGCCGACAACUUUGUGUGCUACUUUGGUAUUCUUUGGAAUGGGCUCUCGCUAAAAAUAGUACAUUCGAACUGGUAGAGCGAGGAGCUCUAGCAGCCUGUGCUUACCUUCACCUUGCCAGUAUAAAGGGCUCAAAAGCUUAUCGUAUUUUCAAUCCCUAUCUUUAUCAGAAAUGUCUGCAAGUGUUCCGUUCCUUAUACCGAUGCCUAUCGUUUGACUGUCGUGAAGCUGGUUCACAAGCCAAAGGAAAGGGAAAGUCAAAAAAGAAACAGCAAGAAGAGAUGGACGUUGCAGAAGCUGAAGGGGAAGAAGAAGUUGAUAUUGCCACAACUUUUGAUAAAGAAGAGGUAAAGCAUCUUUUUGAGGAUGCCAGUGAGGCGCUAUUCGUGCUGCUAGGUAAAGUUCCGCUAGCGAGUUAUUUUGAAAUUCCCUUGAUGACGACAAUGCUUGUACGGGAUAUGGCAAGGAUAGACUGCGGUACAGAUACUAAAGUCGAUAUUGUGGAAAAUUCCAAAGAAUUCAAGAAGUUACGCAAGUUGAGCUCUCGCUCUUUCGCUCUGAUGCACCGACUUAUCGAAAGUCGCCAUACCUACGGUGGCUACCUGGUCAUUUCCCGUAUAGUGUAUCCGCGCUUGGCAUUCUGGACCUUUGAGUAUGAUGUGAUCCCAUCAUCACAAGUUAUACCAACGAUGUUCACCACCUGGAGAGAUCUCAUGGUGAAAUUCAUCAAAAUCCGCAUUGAACUCGGCAAUGCUCUAGAGCUGCGCCACAUUUUUGCGGUCAGUGCAUGUUUUUGUAGAGCUUUUCUCUAA